AGGGUAAGGAUGGUGGAGGCUUUCUGUGCUACGUGGAAGUUGACGGACAGUCAGAAUUUUGACGAGUACAUGAAGGCUCUAGGUGUGGGCUUUGCCACUAGGCAGGUGGGAAAUGUGACUAAACCAACAGUGAUCAUCAGUCAGGAGGGGGACAAAGUGGUGAUCAGGACUCAAAGCACAUUCAAGAACACGGAGAUUAGUUUCCAUCUGGGAGAAGAGUUUGAUGAAACCACUCCAGAUGACAGAAACUGUAAGUCUGUUGUUAGCCUGGAUGGAGACAAACUUGUCCAUGUACAGAAAUGGGAUGGCAAAGAGACAAAUUUUGUAAGAGAGAUUAAGAAUGGCAAAAUGGUCAUGACUCUUACUUUUGGCGAUGUGGUUGCCAUUCGCCACUAUGAGAAGGCAUAGAAAACAUCCUGAUCUGGGGCUGGAGAAGUUCUACAACCUUUCUGUUUACCCAAGUCUCAGUGCUCUACUGCUGUUACAGCACGGCCGAUCGCUAAUUAGAAGGUUAUCCUUGGUGUGGAGGUGGAAAAUGAUGACUUCAAAACUUGUUUUAAAGACUUGUUACUGCAAGCAAUCAAAGCCAUUUUUGAUCUGCAGAUUUAUCACAUUUUAUA